AAAACUGAAAAAUACUCUGCGUUUUAGAAUCCAGACACUUUGACGUAUGACCUUCACACAUAAUCAAAACAUUUGUCAUUGAUUGAAAAUAGGAAAUCAUUUGCUGGCGAACUUCAGGAUUUUCAGAAACCAAUAAAUAUCAUCUGUUUUGCGAAAUGGAGUGGUUGUUUGGAAAACGAGUUACCCCUGAGGAGAUGCUCAGGAAGAAUCAGAGAGCUCUCAAUAAAGCGAUGCGAGACCUGGACAGGGAAAGAGCUAGAAUGGAGCAGCAGGAAAAGAAAAUCAUUAUGGAUAUCAAGAAAAUGGCGAAGGAUGGGCAAAUGGACGCUGUAAAAAUUAUGGCGAAGGACCUGGUGAGGACACGAAGAUACGUAAAGAAAUUCAUGCUGAUGAAGGCGAAUAUUCAGGCAGUGUCGUUGAAAAUUCAGACUCUGAGAUCACAGAAUGCAAUGGCUGGGGCCAUGAAGGGAGUCACCAAGGCCAUGCAGAGUAUGAAUAAGCAACUCAAUCUGCCCCAGAUUCAGAAAAUCCUACAGGAAUUCGAAAAGCAGUCUGAGAUUAUGGACAUGAAAGAGGAGAUAAUGAAUGACGCUAUUGAUGACGCAAUGGAGGACGAAGGGGAUGAGGAAGAAAGUGAUGCUGUGGUAUCCCAGGUACUUGAUGAAUUGGGUCUCCAGCUGACAGAUCAAUUGUCAGGCCUGCCUCAGGCCGGAGGAUCCCUGAGUGUAACUGGUGGCAAACAAGCUGUCCCAGCUGGUGCUGCGGCUGCUGGUGGAGGUGGUGAGGAUGGUGGAAACCUCGUGGAUGCUGAUGCCGACCUACAAGCCAGGCUCGAGAACCUCAGAAGAGAGUAAAUAAAAAAUCCACUCCAGAAAUCCCUUGUCUUCAAAAAUUCGUGGAUAUUCGAACGAGGGUGUACUCUAGAAAAGUCUUACUUUUUUAUUGAUUGUGAUAAAUAACGGAUGGAGGUGAAGAUUGAUCGAGGUGAAUCCCCUGUGGAUACUUAAUUUAAAAUCAGUUGCUGUUCGAGGAGUUUGUUAUAAUUGCGAAUCCCAAAAUGGGACUCUAUGCUUCUGCGAGCACUAGGUUGUGUACAGGGCACUGCGGAGCUCAUUGAUUUUCUCGUCUCGUUUAACGAAAUGGAGUAUUUUUCAUUACAAUUAUUACGAGGAUUAAUGAACACCAUAGCUUUUUAUAUUAUUGAUUAAUGCUGCUGUUCAAAUACAGGAUUACUCACUAAUGUUAAA